AUGUCCUCCACUCCCCUCCCCCAAUCGCGCGACAUUCCCAAAGACUUUCGCGCCUCCCUAUCCGCAUGGUGGUCCUCGGGCUCCUACAAGAACUCGAGGCUAGCCGAAGAACGGCUGCUUCGGAGGCUCACAAUGUAUGAGCCGAAAGUGGAGGAGGCAAAGGUCGAAGGGAGCAAGGGAUGGUUGGGAUGGGGCCAUGGAGCGAGUUCUGUCACUGAAUCACAGUCCGCCACCGCCCAGGUUGCUUCUACAGUCACGCUGGAGAGCUCUGGUUCUGGAUCUCCUGCGGGGCUUGUAGCUUCGCUGCGCAACGUGUUUAUCCCCACGCCCGAUCCCGAGGACGCCCCACUUCACCCAGCAGACCCACGCACGCCACUCGCCUCUCUGGCAUCAUCCCCAGCUUCAUCGUCCACGUCUGUUGAUUCCCACGAGAAGAAGCACAAGCACAAGUGUCACAAACAUCGAAAAGAUGGCGAGCUUGUAGACUAUAUCAACACUCUAGAAAUCUCUGCCCCGAAAGAUAAGAACUCGAAAGAGGCUGUUGUCGUGUUACAUGGGUACGCUGCAGCGCUUGGCUUCUUCUUCCGUAACUGGGAAUCCAUAGCCACGGCAGCAUCCUCAACCGACCGCCGUGCAUUCUUCCUCGACUGGCUCGGCAUGGGCCUCUCUUCCCGUCCUUCCCCAGCCCUCCUCGCCUCCCCAUCCACAGCUUCCACCUCAUCCCGCGUCGCUCGUGCCGAGCACUUUUUCCUAUCGAGCUUGGAAAGCUGGAGAGAAGAGGCAGGUGUCGACAAGAUGGUGCUCGUCGGCCACAGUUUGGGCGGGUACCUCGCGAGCGCUUAUGCGGUGAGGUAUCCCGAGAGAGUCUCGGGUUUGAUCCUCGUUAGUCCUGCUGGGAUUCCCCACGGCCCCGAGUAUGUAAGGCAGCCUCUUACGGCCGAGGUCCGGUCGGCUGCGUCUUCGCGGGAAAGGGUGGAGACGCCGGGAGAUUUGGAUGGAGCUGUGAAUGCUGCAGAGAUGGAGCUUGGUGAUCAGACGAAGGACUCUGCGCCCAAGGGCGAAGCGAAAGCAGCCAGGGAGCGAAAUGAACAGUCGUUCUCGAGGCGCAACAUGAUGAAGCUCUUUGUAUGGGGCUGGGAACGUGGUCUUUCACCCUUCUCCAUCCUGCGCGGUUUAGGUCCCUGGGGACCUCUCUGGGUCGGCAAAUACAGCAGCAGACGUUUCGCCGCUCAAACCGAGGAAGACGUCCGAGAUCUCCACAACUACAUCUACGAAACCAGCGUCAUGAAAGGUAGCGGCGAGUUCUGCAUCUCGCAUAUCCUCGCCCCAGGCGCAUACGCCCGUAUCCCCAUCCUCGACCGCAUAGCCCGCAUCUCCGCACCCGUCACAUUCAUGUUUGGCGAUAACGACUGGAUGGACGUGCAAGGUGGGUACGACUCGAAAAAGCUGUUGGCGGAAGCAGGGAAUGAGAAGUGUGAGGUGCAUGUGGUGCCCAAGGCGGGGCAUCAUUUGUAUUUGGAUAAUCCGGAGGUUUCGAAUAGGAUUUUGAGGGAGGCGAUUGAAAGUGCGCCGAGACAGUACUAG